AUGUGGUGGUUUACAGUAGUGUUUUGUUAUUUAGUGCAAUAUACAAACUCACAAGUGCUAGUGACGGAAACAAAAGAAAUUGUCUAUCAAAUAGCGGGAAUAUUCGAUAACAAUGCAUACACUCAAAAGCUUGCUUUUAAAGACAGCAUGCGUGUUGCCAAAUUGGGGGAUGAGGAGUUACACGCUGGAGUCGAGGAAGGCAAAACUAUAAGAGAUUGGCGCCUUGAACCACUUAUCCUGCAACCAAAAAAACCGGAUAGUUACUCUGUUCUAAAGGACUUGUGUUCCGAUGCAGAAAUGCGGCCGAUAGCUGUUUUGGGUCCCCAAAAUAUUAUGACAGAAGGUAUAGUUCGAGAUCAAUGUGCUAUUGCUCAUAUACCACACAUACAAGCCGCUUGGCAGCCAUUAGAUCCGGAACUGGAAGUAAAUCUGGAGGAAGAAAUAGAAAACAAUGAAACUUUUUCAUAUAAAAAGAUUUCUAUAAAUUUCUUCCCGCCUGCCGAGGAGAUUUUACAGGUGUACGCUAUGCUGCUAAAGUACUAUAAAUGGGAAAACUUUGCCGUUCUUUACGAAGAUGAUGCUGGACUGCUCCGAGUUCAAAAGAUAUUAGCUGAGUUUACCAAAGAAUAUCCAAUAACAGUAAGAAAAUUAGAUCCUGAUGCUGACAACCUAGAAGUAUUUAAGGAUCUCAGUGAGUUUAAAGAGUAUCGUAUAAUUUUGGACUGUCAUGUUGAUCGUAUAAUACAAUACUUAACUCAAGCUCGUUACGUUAACAUGGUUAAUUAUUAUCAGCACUAUGUUUUAAUAAAUAUGGAUGCUUCCACAAUCGUCAAUGAUCUCCUCAAGUUUGAAUCAAACGUAACCUGGCUGAGCUUGACGAAUUUUGAAAAACUCAAUGACUCAAAACAUUUUUUAGUUCCUAGAGUUGGUUGGUGGAUUAAUGAAGACGGACCUAUUUUAGAACAAACUCGACCUCCUGUUACAAAUAUGAAGAUAGAAGCUUUGAUGAUGAACGAUGUAGCAAAUCAUGUUCUCAAAGCCCUUCAAAAACUUGAAGCAUCAGGUGAAAUAGAAAAACCAAACAAUCAUUUAUGUGAAUCCAAUGAAGGUCCGUGGCCAUAUGGCAGUAUGCUUCAGUAUCAAAUAUUAAAUACAAGAACUACAGGUGUUUCGGGAAACAUUGAAUUCAAUGAAAAGGGUGAAAGGGUUAAUUACACUUUGCAUGUCAAUGAAAUAUUUAUUAAAAGAAGACGUACUCUUGGCAAGUGGAAUUUCACAAGCAAAGGUCAAAUUAUAGAAGAAGAACGCUUACCAGAUUUGGAUAAUCCAAAAAAUACCAAGCAUUUUAUUAUUAUAUCUAGAAAAGCCAAGCCUUACUUCUACGAUAAAAUGAAAUGUCCAGAAGACGAUCCUAGUUGUCAAGAAGAAGAUGGAGAUGACAAAUACGAAGGAUUUUCAGUCGAUCUGGUUAAGAACAUAUUCAGAAUUUUACGCAAUUAUAAUUUCAAUUAUACUUAUGAAUUUAUGCAUAAAGAAGAUCAUUAUGGAAAAUAUGACCCGGAAAAGAAAAAAUGGAGUGGAUUAAUUGGCGAACUUUUAGAUAAGAAAGCAGAUUUGGCUGUUUGUGAUUUGACAAUUACAGAAGAAAGAAAAAAAGUUGUAGACUUUUCAGUCCCAUUUAUGUCCCUAGGGAUAAGUAUAUUGUAUACGAAAGAAAAAAACAUACCGCCAGGACAGUUUUCAUUUUUAAAUCCUUAUACAUUUGAAGUAUGGAUGCAUACUGCUACAGCAUAUUGUGUUGUAUCUAUCGUUCUUUUUGUUUGCUCAAGAAUAUCACCUGCUGACUGGGAAAAUCCACAGCCUUGCGAUAAAGAUCCCGAAGAAUUAGAAAAUAUUUGGAACUUCAAGAAUUGUGCAUGGCUUACUAUGGGCUCAAUUAUGACACAAGGAUGCGAUAUAUUACCUAAAGCUAUCGGAUCUCGAUGGGUUUGCAGUAUGUGGUGGUUUUUCGCCAUGAUCGUUUGUCAGACAUAUAUUGCGCAACUGUCUGCAUCCAUGACAUCGGCGUUAGGAGAGUUACCUAUCAACAAUGUUGAAGAGUUAGCAAAACAAACUAAGGUUUUAUACGGCGCUAUCAAAGAUGGAUCAACUUUAGAUUUUUUUAAGAAUUCUAAAGAUAAAACGUAUCGUCGAAUUUAUGAGAAUAUGAUGGCCAAUCCUGUAGUAUUAGUUAACAAUAACGAUGAAGGUGAAAUGAGAGUUCUUAAGGGAAAAAGCAAAUAUGCAUUUUUUAUGGAAUCGAGCACAAUAGAAUACAAAUUGAAAAGAAAAUGCGAACUUAAAAAAGUUGGCGAAGAAUUAGACUCUAAAGACUAUGGUAUUGCCAUGCCAGCAAAUUCUCCCUUUAGGAAACAUAUCAAUAGAGCUAUUUUAGAAUUAAAGGAACGCACGAUAUUGGAUGAAAUUAGAAAGAAAUGGUGGGAAGAAAAAUAUGACGCAAUGAAAUGCGGUGGUGAAAAGGAUAAAAAUGACGCAGAAGGUGAUUUGGAAAUGCAAAAUUUAAUGGGAGCUUUUAUAGUACUUAUAGUCGGUCUAGUAUUCUGCUUUUUUAUAACAGCAGCAGAGUUCUUUAAUGAAGUUCGGAAUAUUGUUGUUCGAGAACAGGUGACUCAUAAGGAAGUCUUCAUCAAAGAAUUGAAGUCGUCGUUAAACUUCGUCCAGUUACAGAAGCCUGUGUUACGAAACCCUAGUCGCGCACCGUCUCUAGCAGCAUCAAAUAAUGUCAAUGUACAUCGACCUAGUAUAUCUGAAAAUUUUAUAGAUUUCGAAAAACAUGAUUUAGUCGAUCCAUCAGCUAUUGUAGAGUAUCCUGCGCAACGAGUAAUUGUAGCGAAGGAAUGCCGAAAGUACUCAGUGGCACGGGAGCCACCAGUAGAGAUGGCCGUCUCGUUAUACGCAGUGGCUUUCCUGGCCGCUUCUGCAAUCGGCGCUUCUAUUGCACCAAACAAUCAAGAAUUGGAGAAGUCAGCGUGUGGAAGAGUUUGGGUGACUAUACAUUCUCCCGAGAUUCAUAGACCUGGAGCAGCAAAUUUAUUAGAUGCUAUUGAACUUAAUUGGGAUUUCAGCACAUGUUCCAACAUUCCUAGACAGAUCGGUCUUUUUAGGGAAAGGCCACUAUCGUGGAACACUGCUUUAGUAGUAUUUUCCAUAGACUCAGUAGAAGGCUACGUUAUAACCAACAUAUCUCUUGGCGAAGGCAAUUUGCCGGCUGGCUGGCAAACCGGCAGCGGUCUCAGAGGCCCUCAUUGCCUUUGGCCAUGGGUCGGUGCAGGGGAUAACCAUAUAAUAGCUUACAACUGUCUCAAAAUACAACCCACGUGGAUGGAAGAUAACGCGAAUACAAUAAAUAAGCUUCGUAUAGGCGAGCUGGCAAUCCCAGGCACACACAACGCGGGCGCGUGGCAUUUUGAUACUGAAAUCAGUAAUGUUGGUCGUGACAACUUUGUUCUAUGCCAGGAUCGCUCUAUUUGGGCUCAAUUGGUCCAUGGAAUUAGAUACUUCGACUUCAGGAUCGCUUAUUAUGAUUUCUAUCCCAGGGAAGAAGAUAGAUAUUGGUUGAAUCACAAUUUAAUUCGUGUCCGUCCCCUAGUUCCUUUGUUAAGAGAAAUCAGAGCUUUCCUUGACAGUACUAAAGAGAUAGUGUUCUUAGACGCCCACCACUUCCCUAUGGGCUUCUACCAUCAAACCGGAGCCCCUAUACAGGAAGUCCAUAAUGGUUUACUAAAAUUAGUUCAACGGGAAUUAGGUCCUCACUUAGCGCCCGCUUCGCAAUUUCACACCGGCCCUGGCACGAGGGGACCAACUCUUCAAACUCUGAUUGACGCAGACAAACGUCUCUUAUUUAGUUACGUAGACAAUAAUAUUGUUUUGGCAAAUAGGUGGUUGUGGCCUAUACUACCUCAUCUCUGGGCUAACACAAACAAACCCACCGAGCUUUUCCACUAUUUAGAUAGAAUGAUCGAAACCUCCCCACUACCAUCAGCACGCUCGCCCUUGUUCUCUGCAAUGGCGCAAACUACACCCACUGUUCUAGAUAUACUCUUCCUUCGAGGAUCUAUACGUGAAAACGCAGAUGACGUUAAUAGAAACGUAACAGCUCGACUUAUAUCUCGAUGGCGUCAAAAUGCAAACAUUGUAUCAUCAGAUUUCUUCCUUGGUAACGAUGUUAUUGAUGUCUCGAUAAUGCUUAGUGUGGAGCGAUCUAAUCGAUUA